UUUUACUUAGUUAAUAUACUUAUGGUGGAGAUACCACAGGCCAAUGAAGGGAUGAAUCUGACAACAACCAGAACCCAAUUUCCAGUGUCUUCACUGAACAACGGAGACCAGCGUAAAUUUAGUUUGGGAGGAUGUAGCAGUUACGAUACAGACAGCAUUGUUUCCAACAGCUCUGGGGUCUUUUCUGGAUAUGACACGUUGGAUGCCCCACCGAAUUAUGACUUCUAUACCAAUACUGAAGUUUUUGGAAGAGCAAAGAAAUCAAGACCUUCUCUCUUUCAGCUUCACUCCAACCCUCAGGAUGACCCCUCUCCACCUCCGCUAUAUGAGGAGAACACUGAGAACAAGCCGAGUCCAGAGGAAGAUGAACCGGCAGAACCUCCACCUGAACCGGCUCGCUUUGGUUGGGCUCAGGGAGUCCUGAUCCGCUGUAUGCUUAACAUCUGGGGAGUUAUUCUGUAUCUGAGGCUUCCAUGGAUCACAGCUCAAGCAGGGAUUGGUUUGACAUGGGUUAUAAUCCUGGUUUCCUCCUGUAUAACUGGCAUCACUGGACUGUCCACAUCAGCUAUUGCCACCAAUGGCAAAGUUAAAGGAGGUGGAACAUAUUUUCUUAUCUCUCGUAGCUUGGGCCCAGAGCUUGGUGGCUCAAUCGGACUUAUAUUUGCGUUUGCCAAUGCUGUUGCCGUGGCCAUGCACACCGUGGGCUUUGCUGAAACAGUCCAGGCUCUCAUGCAGGAGAAUGAAGUUAGCAUGGUAGACCAGCUGAAUGAUAUCCGCAUCAUCGGUGUGAUUACUGUCACCUGUCUGCUGGCCAUCUCAAUGGCUGGAAUGGAAUGGGAAUCCAAGGCCCAGGUCUUGUUCUUCUUGAUCAUCAUGAUCUCGUUUGCCAGUUACAUAGUAGGUACCAUCAUCCCAUCAACUCCAGAGAAGGAAUCCAAAGGAUUCUUUAGCUACAAAGCUGAUAUUUUUGCGACGAACUUUGUGCCCGGAUGGCGUGGUCCGGGGGGCAGUUUCUUUGGCAUGUUUUCCAUCUUCUUCCCCUCAGCUACAGGCAUCCUUGCGGGGGCCAACAUCUCUGGAGAUCUCAGGGAACCCAAUGUUGCUAUACCCCGUGGUACAAUGCUGGCUAUUUUUUGGACCACUAUUUCCUACCUCAUUAUCUCAGCUACCAUUGGUUCCUGUGUAGUGCGAGAUGCCUCUGGUUUAAAUGAAUCCUUCGUUCCGACUGUGCUUCAAGGGGAAUGCUCUGGAGUGGCCUGCAACUAUAACUGGAACUUCACUGAAUGUAUCGCCAACAAUACCUGUCCUUAUGGACUCAUUAAUAAUUACCAGACUAUGAGCUUGGUGUCUGCAUGUAGUCCUCUCAUCACUGCUGGCAUUUUUGGAGCCACACUUUCAUCAGCCUUGGCUUGCUUGGUGUCCGCCCCCAAAGUUUUCCAGUGCCUCUGCAAGGACAACCUGUAUCCAGGCAUUGGAUUUUUCGGCAAAAGUUAUGGAAAGAAUAACGAACCAUUGAGAAGCUACCUGCUAGCAUAUGUCAUUGCUGUAUGCUUCAUUCUUAUUGCUGAGCUGAACACCAUUGCUCCCAUCAUUUCCAACUUUUUCCUCUGCUCUUACGCCCUUAUCAACUUUAGUUGCUUCCAUGCCUCCAUCACUAACUCACCAGGAUGGCGUCCAACGUUUCGAUUCUACAGCAAGUGGUUGUCUUUGCUAGGAGCAGUGGUUUCUGUGAUUAUCAUGUUUCUGUUAACCUGGUGGGCCGCUCUUAUAGCCAUUGGCAUUGUCAUCUUUCUGCUAGGAUAUGUGCAAUAUAAGAAGCCCUCUGUCAAUUGGGGCUCAUCAGUGCAAGCAAGCACAUACAAGAUGGCGCUAUCUCACUGUAUAGGUCUUAACCAGGUGGAAGACCAUAUUAAAAACUACAGGCCACAGUGUCUGGUUCUCAGCGGGCCACCCUGCAUGAGGCCUUCAAUGGUGGAUUUCUUCAGCACCCUCACCAAGAACCAGAGUCUGAUGAUAUGUGCGAAUGUCAUCUUGGGAGGACCCACACCAGAUGCGGUGGACUCGGCAAAUGGCUCAAUUCAUAUAAACUGGCUUAACAAGCGAGGUAUAAAGUCGUUCUACCACUCUAUAGUGGCCGAUGACCUUCGCUCUGGCGUACAGAUGUUACUGCAGAGUACGGGUUUGGGUCGGAUGAGACCUAAUGUUCUCGUGAUGGGAUAUAAAAGGAACUGGCGUAAAGCUCAACCAAGCAACAUUGAUAACUAUAUUGGAAUGUUGCACGAUGCAUUUGUCUCUCAAUACGGUGUGUGUAUUCUCCGGAUGAAAGAUGGUCUUGACAUUAGUCGAACGAUGCAGGCACAUGUAAAUCUGGGGUUUGAGACAUCAACUGAACAAGGAAUUGACACGAGAAGCCCCACUGACACUACAACAACAUCCACAGUUGAAACAUCACUGGACCCUGAAACACUUAUGGCCUUGUCCCAGCCUGCCACUGUGUUUCAGUCUACGCAAGGAAAAAAGACCAUUGAUGUCUACUGGGUUUCUGAUGAUGGGGGUCUGACUCUUCUGCUGCCUUAUCUCCUGACCCGUAAAAAGCGCUGGGCCAGAUGCAAAGUGAGGGUGUUUGUGGGAGGUGAUGUUCAACAGAUUGAGGAACAGAAACAAGAGCUCAAGGGUCUGAUCAGCAGGUUUCGUCUGGGUUUCCAGGAUAUUCAAGUCCUUCCUGACAUCAAUGGAAAACCACAGUCUGAGAACAUAAAGAGAUUUGAAGAUCUUUUAGCUCCUUAUAGAGUUAGCACAGUACAAAAGAAUCCUCAACCUGCUGAUGAGACGACAAAGGAUUAUCCCUGGAUGGUGUCUGACUAUGAGGUGGAAAAGUUCAGAGCUAAGUCCCUUCGACAGAUCCGUCUGAGUGAAGUUAUUCAGGACUACUCAAGAGAUGCUGCGUUGAUUGUUGUAACCAUGCCUGUGGGGAGAAGAGGUGCGUGUCCUAGUGCCCUUUACAUGGCCUGGCUAGAGAUUGUGUCGCGUGACAUUCGACCUCCGGUUCUACUUGUGAGAGGCAAUCAGGAAAACGUGCUCACACUGUAUUGCCAAUAAAUGGCAUCUUUUUCCUUACAGAACUGUUCACAGACCUGCCUCCAUUGGAAAUAAUUAUUUGUAAUUGGCUUGUCAAAGUUAUGACAUUUGUAUUCUUUAAUGUUGUGUUUAAUACUUGUGCUGUUGUUUGCAAGGUUUGUCCAUAUUGGAAACCUGUUAACUUGCUAUUGAAAUGUUAAAUGUCAUAUUAGGUAAUAGGUUUUGCUGCCUCUGAUCUUAUGCACUUUCUUCAUAAACAAACACAAUUCUGUAUUCACGCAGUUUCCACUUUACGGCACAGAUUAAGUGUAGUUAUUAAUUUACAAGUCUAUCUGUUAAUUCAAACGCUAAACAAUUGAGUUUAGCAACUUAAAUAUUACAAAGUAUAUUUAAUAAAGGACUAGUAACGUUACAAA